AUGCUCACUGCUUGCUCUGCAAUGCUGGAGGAUUCGACCGCGCGGCCUCCGCUCCCUCCCGCACAAGUGAUGAACGUCGCGAGCCCCACUCGCCCGCCUGUCACUUCUGACCUCUAUGUGUCUCUUGUUAUUUAUUUGGGAAGGACUCCAGAAGAAGCUUAUAGAAUAUUGCUAUUUGGAGAUACAUCCUAUAUUCCAUUCAGAGAUGCUGCCUAUGGAAGUUGUAAUUUCUACAUAACACUUCUCGACUGUUUCCAUGCAAUAAAGAAGGCAAUGCAGUAUGGCUUUCUUAAUUUCAACUCAUUCAACCUUGAUGAAUAUGAAUACUAUGAAAAAGCAGAACAUGGAGGUUUAAAUUGGAUCAUUCCAGACCGAUUUAUUGCCUUCUGUGGACCUCAUACAAGAACCAGACUUGAAAGUGGUUACCACCAACAUUCUCCUGAUACUUAUAUUCCAUAUUUUAAGAAUCACAAUGUUACUACUAUUAUUCGCCUGAAUAAGAGGAUGUAUGAUGCCAGACAUUUUACAGAUGCUGGUAUCAAUCACCAUGACCUUUUCUUUGCUGAUGGCAGCACCCCUACUGAUGACAUUGUCAAAGAAUUUCUGAAUAUUUGUGAAAAUGCUGAAGGGGCUAUUGCAGUCCAUUGUAAAGCUGGUCUUGGACGAACUGGUACUCUUAUAGCCUGCUACAUAAUGAAGCAUUACAGGAUGUCAGCAGCUGAGACCAUUUCUUGGAUCCGAAUCUGUAGACCUGGCUCUGUGAUUGGACCACAGCAGCAGUUUUUGGUGAUGAAAGAAGCAGGUCUCUGGCUGGAAGGUGACUGUUUUCGUCAAAAACUGAGAGACCAGGAGCAUGAAAAACAUAGAGCAGCUGUCUCAAAACUCCUCUUGGGUGUAGAUGACAUUUCAAUAAAUAUGGUCAAGAAUAAAGACAAGCAAGAACCUGAACCGUACAGUGAUGAUGAUGAAAUCAAUAGAAUGACACAAGGUGACAGACUUCGAGCCCUGAAAAGCAGAAGACAAUCGAAAGCAAAUGUUAUUCCUCUCACAGUUAUUCUCCAGUCCAGUGUUCAGAGCUGUAAAACAUCUGAACUUAACAUUUCUGGAAGUGAAGGGAUUUCUAAAAGAAGCUCCAGAUCUGCUUCAAGAAAAAGCAAUUUUAAAAGUCACUCCAUUUCAAGGACUAACACAAUCUUGCAUUAA